AUGUCAAUCCAAAGAUAUCCUGAACCAUUGGCGCAGCAGUAUAUAUACCUGCCGGCCGGGGUGGGAGAAGAAGCAGGGCAAACGGGGGUUCCGGUGUGGCAGCUGGGGUUGGGCGGCGAACGGCUAUGGGCCGACAUGAACCGCCUGCUCUCCUUCCUCUUCCAUGAACAAGUCCUCGACGAGCAGUUCCUGCAACUUCACCGGCUCCAAGACCACUCCUCUCCCUACUUCGUCUCCGAAGUUUUCUCCAUCUAUUUCCACGAGUCCGAGAAACUCCUCUCCUCUCUUCGAUGUCUCCUAAUGGAUAAGGAGUCAUCAGACUUGAAGAAAAUGGGAAUCCAUUUGAAUCAGUUGAUGGGUAGCAGUUCCAGCAUCGGUGCCAAGAGAAUCAGAAACGUCUGUGUUGCCUUCCGUGCUUCUAUUCGCCUCAACAAUCGCCCUGGAUGCUUGAGAGCUUUGGAGAUGCUGGAGCAGGAGUAUUGCUAUCUCAAGAACAAGCUACACGAGUUAUUCCGAAUAGAGCAGCAACGCGUUUUGGCAGCAGGGGAGAUACCCGCCAGCAGGUGA